UCGUCAGCGCGGUUGAGCUCAGUCGAGAGGCGCACGAUGGAGCGUUCGGUCGCGUUCGGUUGCUCCAGCUGCCGUCGUCUCUGAGCGGAGGCCAGCCGAGUCGCUGGGCCGUCCGUAGCGCGGAUCCACCGAUCGCGAGAUCGUCCCACCUCGAGUCGCGCCCUCCGUUCUGCCAACGAUUCGCCUCGAAUCCGUUGGCGAGAGUCGCCGCUCUACGCCCGCCGCACGACCUACCAGCACCUGUCCGCGGACUCCGGACCUACGCCUGGAUUUCCACUGGCGAGUGGAGAAAGCCGACUGCUCAUCCGGGGUGACUCGUCCGAUGAGACCUUCCGUCCAAGGAUCCUGAGACAAGGAGCCGAAACAACGACUAGGAGUAGUCGACCCCAUGGGAAGAGCCGCGGAGACUCCGAAGAGUAUCCUGGGAGAGUCAGAAGGGAAUAGAAAAGGAGUCUAGAGGGAAAACCUGAAGAGAGUAACGGGGAAGAAAUCCGAAGAAAUCUCGAAGGGGACCCGAAGAGUGCCUGAGUAACGAGAAGGGAGAACAAGAGAGUACAGACUAAGCUGCUGGCGGCUGCGAUUUACCACGAAAGCCUUAGAUUAAUCUUCACCCCUGUGGUCCACCCAUCGGGGAUAUUUAUACGGUCGCGCGGUUUAAGCCGACGAGGGGCUCGGUAGGGCCUUGCGAGCUCGAGCUCGGCUCGCAAUAUGAGAGUGUCCACCAGGCAGCAGCAUCCACUGCAUCUGCAAGUGACGAGGACCAACAAUGGCAAGUUCCUGGUCAGCCCGAACAGCCAGGAGCCGGCGCAACAGGCUGCCAGCGAGGAAGCCCCCGUGUCUCCGGGGCUGUUCCCCAGCUGCGAGCCCGUACCACCUGCCCACCAGGGUCCGACCAUCCUGGGGGACAGGUUCCUCCUGCUGGGGCCCGCGGAAGGCAGCACCCUCUACAGGUGCGUCGACGUCACCACCGGGACCCAGCUCGUCGCCAAGGCGCUGUCGGUGGCCGAGAGAGGCGGCGAGGCGCUCUUCCAGGCGCACCAACGCCUGGAGGACACGGGGGCGGCGAGCCCCGUGGCUGGAGUGGUGGAGGCCCCCAGGGGGCGGAGGUACCUCCUCCUGGAGGGCCACCACGGGGACCUGCACGCCUACGUCAGGGCAAGGAGAAGAUUGAGGGAGCCCGAGGCCAGGAGGCUGUUCAAGCAGAUCGCCAGGGCGGUGGCGGCCUGCCACGAGAACGGCGUCGUCCUUCGCGACCUCAAGCUCCGGAAGUUCGUCUUCGCCGACGAGGCCAGGACCCGGCUUCGCCUGGAGAGUCUGGAGGACGCGGUGAUCGUGGACGAGCAGGACGACAAGCUGACGGACCGUCGAGGAUGUCCCGCCUACGUGGCCCCGGAGGUCCUGCGAUCCGGUCGAGCCUAUUCCGGCCAGGCUGCGGACAUUUGGUCCUUGGGGGUGCUCCUGUACACGAUGCUCGUCGGCCGCUAUCCGUUCAACGACGCGGAACACGCGUCCCUGUUCGCCAAGAUCUCCAGGGGCCAGUUCGCCGUUCCCGAGGGACUCUCGCCAAGGGCCCAGUGCCUGGUUCGCUCGCUCCUCAGGAAGGACCCUUCCGAGAGACCCUGCGCCGAGGACGUCCUUCGGCACCCCUGGCUCUCGAGGCCUCUUCGAGUUCCUAGGACCUCCGGCAGGUCCGCCAACGACCAGCUGGUCCCCGAGUCCGGCGUCGCCCACCAAGACUGAUUUCAACGAGAAUUCCAAGCGCCUUUUCUACGUGUCUUCGCCGACCUCCUGGUGCGGGGUAUCGCCGAAACCGAUUAGGGAGAUACGAGGGAAAUGGGGGGUAUCGGCACGUGUGGCUAUUCGAGGAGUUAUUUCAUUUGGAAAUCAUGGAUUUUAACUCUUUAACCAUGGCGGAGUAGGACGAAAUGAAUUUCAUUGAAAUGAAACUAGCCCGACCCGAUACGCGUUAAACUGAUCCGCUUGAACGUCCUCACGGAACUGCGUGAAUUUUUCUUAAACCUGGUCCACACAUUUUGUACAAUGUUUUAUAUCGUGACUUAAAAUGUCGAGGACGGACCUGGGGACCAGGAAAAUUGUGUAGCUACUGAAACUGCUCGGAGACGGAAAUAGAGACGGAAAAUUGUCGUAAAAAAUCGAACGAUAUCAAAGAGAGAUAGUGAAAUCGGUAGAUCGUGAUAUAUAAAGGUUUCGGCGAAUCUCCACCAGGACAGGCCCGCUCGCUCUUAAGACCAAGGUUCGACCUGAGCGGAUUUUGAGCCGACUCUUUUCGAGAGAAUAUAUUCUAUUCUAACAGACUCGUACUUACACUUCACUUUUGGUAUUAAAUGCCGAAUUUAGCCAUUUAAAGACAGAUAACAUUUAUGUUAAAGUCCGUGACACGCGACCGAGCGUCGAGUCUUUGGCUCUGACGAGCAUAACAUUUUUUUCACAUGGCAGGUAGUUCCACAAAAACAUUGUGGCAGAUUUUCAAUAUACAUAAGUAGCUUCAAUACAUUUUUUUCUUUCACUUGAGACGAAUAUUAUCGGAAUCGGUGAAGGCAAUCGGAAAUUGUGUCCGUUAAGGGUGCGUUUCUACACCGAAAGUGAGGUUACGAGUGCGGAUCGUAGUCUUUUCUAGAAAUUCAUGGCUUUCCUUUUCGCGGGUCUUGCAAAAGCGACACGCCACCUUCCUAUUCGCGAGAUGCGAUUUCAGUGUAUGCAGUGUACGCUGAGAAAAGAAAAAAUGUCAUCGAACGAAAAAAAUAUUUCUUUGAAUAGUGAUGACAUUUUUUUUUCUCAGGGUGAAUGUUCAUCGAUGCACCGAAGGCUCGAUGAGAUCCUACUAUUUAACACAUUUUUAUACAAUGUUUCAAGUACAGACCCGCUGGCGAGCUUGUCGUAUGACUUUUGUGAUGUAUUGUAUCUACGUUCGCAUAUUAACGAGCUUAUGGACGUACAUUAAGCGGACAUAGAUAUCUUCCCUACGUAAUUGUAUGAGAAAAAUGCAUUCAGGUUCAUCUGCACGUUGAGUUCCGUUUAGGUAAAAACCGUGAAAGUAUUCAAUCGCAAAUGUCGAAUUUAUUCGAGAAUAUCCACUCUAGGAUUGAUAUACUUGCUACGUUUGCCUUUUAAUUUUUGCAUAGACUCUUCGGGUUAAGGGGAAGUUUCGUCUCUUUUCCUUUCAUUUGUCAAUUCCUGGAUUGAAUUGCAUCAAAGGGAUGUUCCGAUGCCAGUGCACCGAUGUGACGAUAUAUUCUCCCAGUGAAAAUCGUGGAAUAACUUCCUUCGGAUAUUUGUUUGACAUGGAGGAGUUGAUACGAUUGUGCAGAAUGUUAUUGCAAAUGUGACGGAAGGAGACGCAACUUCAACUUAGGAUGUUAUUUCAUCCUUUUCCUUUUGUUUAUAAGGCGAAGAUCUCUUGUAAUUUGUUGCAAUGCUUGUCAGCGUAUAGGUGAUUCGAGCUACGAUAGGAAUCGUAUAUUCAAGGCUCUUCCCAUUUUCUCGCUUCCACCUUGUGUGUUCGUAUAUAUUCGUUCAUCGUAUACAGUUUCUGCAUUUCCAAAAAGUUUCUCGACUUUUCGGCCCUUCGGUGCGCCACCCGGUAUUCGUGAAAACGUGAUGUUACUUUAUUAUUUUCUACGCGUGACACUCGCGUUCGGAAGUUUGGUUAGGAAACGAUAUCCUGCUCUUCGAUCGAUCGUCUCGGUCUUACAGAAAGUGUGAAAAGUUAGACAGAUGGAAAUGAGCGUUUUCCACGGUGAGAUGUAAAUAAGUUCGUUCAACUAAGUCCUAUCUAUAAUUAACACGGAUGUUACUAAGCUUAUGUAUAUAAUAAAAGACGUUUGCAACACGA